AUGAAACAAGUUGUUCUUACAGUUCUCUUCGUUGCUACUCCAUUUGUGCAAGCUGCCUGGAACCCAGCACUUUCUCCUAACGUUUAAGCAUGGAACCCCGCUCUCUCUCCAAACGUGGAGGCCUGGAACCCUGCUCUAUCACCAAACGUUCAACAAGGGUACUACAAUUAUUACUACCCUGCAUAUUACCCAGAUGUUCAAGCUUGGAACCCAGCUUUGUCUCCAAAUGUUUAAGCAUGGAAUCCAGCUCUAUCUCCUAAUGUACAAGCUUGGAAUCCAGCUCUUUCACCGAAUGUUGAAACCUGGAACCCAGCACUCUCUCCAAAUACAGUUCAAUCUUAACUUAGAUAAAUCAAAAAGAAAACUCUAUAACAAUCUAGAGAGGAUGAUGAUGAAGAAAAUGUCUUCCCAAUGGUCCAAUAACAUAUUGGAGACUAGACAUCAAUGAAGGUAUUUGAUGCUCUAAACAACAAAAGAAACAAGAACAUUGAAUGGACAAAUGAUCUUACUGAUCCUUACUAUAGAAGAAUCUUGAAGACCAUGACUGAUGACAUCUAUAGACAAUUCAACAGACACGAUUCUACCUCAGAAUUUGAGUUUGGAUUCAUCGUUGAUGUGUCAGGCAAGAAAUUCAAAGACUACCCUCAAGCAAUCAUGGACAGAUUCAAAUAAAUCUUCGAUGAUAAGAAAGAUAUGAUUGCAAGAGGCGACCUCGCCUAUGGAGCUUUAACAACAUACCAAAACGAGAAGGGUAAGUUGAGAGUAUAUGCUAUCUUCAAGGACAAGAGCAGCAAAUACAACUUCCAGUACUGA